GAUAAACAUUGACAAGCAGCUGUUCCGUUAGUAUUAUUUUACAGAGCUCACGUGUACGAUUUUACUGCGUGGAGUGCAUCCGAGUGUUGUAGAAUAAACCUACCCGUGGCUCUAAUAAAGCGAUGGAUCCCGUCAUAAAAAUCAACCCGGGAGGAUCGAAAUGGGACAUUCGUCAGAAAGUUUGGGACUACAUAGAAGAAAAGAAUCUGGCAAACUUUCCGAGGCCCGUCCACAACAGAAUCCCAAAUUUCAAGGGUGCAUUUAAGGCGUGUUACAGCCUUGCAGGCCUGCAGGAGUUCAAGUCCAGCCAGACAGUCAAAGUUAACCCAGACAGACCCCAGCAGCAGGCACGCUUUAUCACCUUGGAAGGUGCUUUUGCGGCCUGCGCCAAGGUGUUGGAGCUGCAGGCGUUCACCCACACAUCUGAGGUGAAGGUGGACCCUGACAAACCUCUGGAGGGUGCUCGACUGGCAGUGCUGCAGGCGCGGAAAACUUUGUUGGUCCCAACUCCUCGUCUUCGUACAGGCCUUUUCAAUAGGAUUACUCCACCUCAAGGGGCUAGCAAAGAACAGCUACGCAUAUGUUCUUCCUCUCAGGGUGUGAAAGACUUCAGUGUACCUGUUGGCCUGGAUGCAAAAAUUAAAAUUGACCUGAUGGUGGUUGGUUCUGUGGCGGUGUCGGAGAAAGGCUUUCGGAUUGGAAAAGGAGAAGGCUUUGCUGACUUGGAGUAUGGAAUGAUGGCUUCAAUGGGUGCCGUGAAUGAGUCUACUGUGGUGGUUACUGUUGUCCAUGACUGCCAGGUGGUGGACAUUCCAGAAGAUCUAAUGGGAAGUCAUGACCUGACUGUAGACUACAUCCUCACACCGACCAGAGUUAUUAAAACAGACUGCCAGUUGCCUAAGCCAAGUGGAAUCAUCUGGAAUAAGCUGGACACAGAAAAGCUGCAAAAGAUCCCCAUCCUGAAGAAGCUGCGUGCUCUUGAAGAACAAGCUGGAAAGGAUGUAACACUGGGGGCAGCGCCUGUUGCGGCAGAAGCUGGUCUGCACGCCAGUCAACCCAAAAGGCAAACCAGGCGGAGGCCGAGGCCAAACACACAGCAGGAUGCUGAGGGAGAAUCCAGCCAGGACUCUAGACUGGAAAAAAGAAUAGCGGGAGAACCAAAAGCCAGACAGCAUCUGACUAGAAUGAAUAAAGAAAGCAGAGGAGACGGCAAGGCAGGUAACGAGCAAGAAAUUGGCAAGACAAUAAAGGGAAAAAGUAGAGGGAACACAAAGGAGCAGGUCCCAGAAGAGGGUGGAAAUGAAGUCAAAUCUCAGCGUAAGCUCCAUCUGAGUGUGACCACAGUUUAUCUGGGAGGAAUCCCUGCUGGGCUGCGUGUUAGUGAGCUGAAAACUGCCCUCCGAGAGAGGGAGGCCACUCCACUGAGACUCACCUGGCAGGGAGCUCAGCACAGGGCCUUCCUGGAUUACAGUGACCCCCACGCUGCAGAUCAGGCCCUGGAGGCUCUGCAGGGGCUCUCUCUCAAUGGUCACAGUCUGCAGGCUGAACUGGCCAAGAGCCAGCGAGGAGGCAGGAAAUCUGGACAAUCCAGUAGAAGACCAAAACCAGCAGCGGCUCCGAAGUCUGAAGUAUCAGCACCAGAUGCUAAGAGUGAUGCCACAGAAAAAACUGAGCAGUAAAAGCAGUAAGAAAUAUACGUAAUGUAUUGCAUAAGUUGUUUACAGUUUUGGACAACUGCAAACACCAUAAAAAGAGUUGAUUUUUUUUUUUUUUUUGCUUUAAAAAAAUAUGAACAAAAAUGUGAUUUAUUAGAAGAGAACACUUAGUCAUUUGAACCUAGCAGGCUUGACUAAAUAUUAACAACACCUGAAACUAUGAGAGUAGUAAACCUUGUGCUGAUUUGAAUCCAGACAAAUUCUAUAACGACUAAGAUUUUGCUAUAUGCUCUGUUAAGUGGGCUACAGGAGCUUUUUUUCUUUAAAUUUGUCCCAAUGGUUUUCUCUUCAAAGUGCCUUUAUCAGAGAUUCUUAGAAACACAACACUCAUUUUCUCUUUCAGUCUACAAACUGCAUGCAGUGCUUUUGCUACCAUACAAUAAUUAAAAAAAAAUUAAAAAGGCUAGUGCUUUUUUUUUUUUCUCAAAACCAGCUGUCAGUAUUGUCACAUCCAUGAUGUUGCCAGACCUGUUUGUCUGCAUCCUACUUGUUUAAAAAUGGGUUAGUUUUGUUCAAAAUGGCACCUCCGUGUGGCAAGUCACAACAUUUGAUCAGUUGAGUCACAAAGCUCGGAGUAAAAUAUAACAUUUCAUCAUCUAACAAUAGUCUAGCCACACAGGCUUCAACCUUUGACCAUUUUUAUCUUUCUCAUUGUCCAAAUUCAUCCAGAUUUACAGAACUUGUGAACAGACUCCAAGUGUUUAUGCUACUUUAAUGAGACUACAGAAAUGUAAAGAGUUUACAAAUAACCGUGACUUAGUUCUGAUUUUCUUGACUUAAUUGAUUCUUGUACAUAACACAGGAUUAUUGGAUAGUCUCUACUAUUGUAUGAUUUUCUUUUUUCUUUUUUUUUAACUAUGAAGAUCUGAAUCAGGCAGAUUACAACAAUAAACAGGGGAAGAGCUAAAGGCCUCUAUUGCUGCUGUUCUGUUUUUUUUUUUGUUUGUUUGUUUGUUUUUUAGCUAGCGUUCAUUUUUACAGUUAUAUUUGCACCAUUAUAGUGACUAAAUAAAAAUUUAUUCAUUGUAUUUGGUGUGGUUGGGCCAGUGAGAGAGUGAUGCCGCCCUCACUAUUAGAUAAAUUUGCUUCACAUGACUUUACUUAAUUCUUCACUAAAGCGUUUGACUGUACCUGUUAACACUGAGUGUCUUUUUAUGAAAAACAAACAAAAAAGAAAAUUGAUGGAUUACAAAUGUUCACAAGGUUUUGCAGAAUUUGGAGAUCUGACUCUGAAGUUCCCCACCACCUCAAACCAUCGUUCUCAUGAAGAGGCAGAACUAUGUUGUUAGUGGUUAAAUAUGAUAUUUCAGGCCCGUUAUUGGAUUUUCACAAAACUUGAUGUGUUUCACCCA